AUGGCACCAUUGAAUCUAGACGCUGCUAGAGAUGUUCUGAGAAACUCCCUGGAAAACUCAAGGGAUAUACAAGUAGCCCUUCAAGAAAACUGCACAAAUGUACACACCACCCAGAGGAGGUUGGAUUUACUGAUGGAAAGCUUCCAGGAUGUUGCCUGCAAAUGCAAGGUCUACAACAUCGGAAAAAGCAUGGUCGAUCGGGCAUUAGGCCCUGCAGCUUCUGUUCUCCGGAUCUUUCUUGUCAUCCAGGACCUUCAAGCUUCCCUAUUGUGCUGCCCAGAUGAUGGUUUGAGUGAAUAUCUCGCUACUGUCCAGAAGCUGGAUGAUGCAGUAAGGCUUCUGAAAGAUAACAGUGAGCUUGUGCUGCUUUGGCUACAAGAUGCCUUGUACAAGUUCCUGAAUGGAGAGCUUGCACCAGGGAGUGAAGACUCGUGGUAUGUGAUCAUCCUGAAGAACGCGAUCAAGACACUGAAACAGAUGGAAAGGAUUGAGGAGAGUUUUUUAGGCCUGCUGGAGAAUGAAUUCAGGAGGGUUAUAGUUGAGAGCAAAUUUGCUUCUUCAUCUCCUUCGUUUCUGUCACAUGUAGAUGAUGAUCAGGCCAAUCAGGGUGUGGCUUCUACAUCCCUGAUUAUUCCUUCUCCUUCAUUUCUGGUCUAUCACGUCAACAAGAUGCAAGCAAUCCUGGAGAGGUUCGAGGGGCAUAAUGACUGUCUUCAUAGGUGUGCAUCCAUCUACAUUGAGACUCGUAGUUCCAAUGUCAGGGCAGCACUACAACAGGUUCUGGAUGUUGAUGUUCAUUACCUUCAGUUGUCACUAUCCGAAUUUGAUAGUGUGCAAAGCAUAGAAUGCUACAUAGAUCAAUGGGGAAGGGACCUCAAAUUCAUGGUGAAAAAUCUGUUGGAGGAUGAAUACAGGCUUUGCCGUGAAGUUUUUCAUGACGAUCUUGGGAUGGAAUGUUUUGCAGACAUUGUAGUUCAAUCUGGAUUCUAUGAUUUUAUUGAGUUUGGGAGUGCAAUUACCCGAGCCAAAAAUGAGGCAAUCAAGCUGUUGAAGCUGUUGGACAUCUUUGCAGUACUGAGCAACCUUCGGCUUGAUUUCAACAGAUUGUUUAGCUCAAAGUCUUGCCAGGGUGUUCAAACUAAGACUAGGGAACUCAUCCGGAGAGUCAUCGAUGGGGCUGUUGCAAUUUUCCAGGAUCUUCCUGUUCAAGUGGAAUCACAAUCUGUUGUCAUUCCGCCACUUGAUGGGCGUGUCCCAAGGCUCGUGCGCUUUGUAUCGGAUUUCUGCAAUAUUUUGCUGGAGGAUGAGUACAGGACAACACUACUUGAGAUCCUGCAGAUACAUUGCUGUUGGAGUAGGCUUAAGUUCGAUGAGGGGAUUCUCUCUAGCCAAAUUCAACGGGUAAUAAGAGGGCUCGAGUUUAAUUUGAAAACUUGGAGUGAGGCCUAUGAGGAUGACUUGCUUUCCUACUUCUUCAGGAUGAAUAACUGUUGGUACUUCUGCGAGAACAUUAGGAUUACAAAACUUGGAAAUCUGAUGGGAGAUGAAUGGCUAAUGGCUUACAAAGAGGAUAUGGAACAUUACUUAUCAAUCUAUUUGAAAGAGUGCUGGGAAAAGCUUCCGACAUACCUGAGUGAAGACGGUUUGGUUUUGUUCCCCGGUGGAAGGGCGUUUGAUCAACAUCUGGCAAGAAAGAGACUCGAGGAAUUCAACAAUGCAUUUGAAGAAACGUACACCAAGCAGAUCUGUUGGGUAUUGUCUGAUAAAUUCUUGAGAAUCCGAACUCGCCAUCUCAUUAUGCAGGCGAUCAUUCCUUAUUAUAACAACUUUGUGCAGAAAUUCAUGCCCCCUUGUGAAGAUGAUGAAGAAGAAGAUUCACCUGGCAAAAAGAAGAAAAAUAAGUAUGUGAAGUACUCGUCAACAAGCUUGCAGGACAUGAUCAAUUUUCUGUUCCAACCUACUAGAGACUCACGGCAGCAGCACAAAAAACACAACAAACGCUGUUAG